AUGGAGUCCAUCACAUCAUCACAGCCGAGUCCGUUCCUAGGCAAAGUUGUAGAAAUCUGCAUCGUCACCCCCAACAUCCGCAAAACAAUCGAAUCCCUAACAAACCUCGGUCUUCCCCCCUUCAAAAUCUUCUCCUUCAACGCCGCAACCGUCUCCAACCGCACCUUCCGCGGCUUACACUCCAACUUCGAACUAUUAGUCGCAUUCGCAGAUACGGGCGAUAUGGUAUGGGAACUCAUGCAGCCUGUCUCCGGCCCUUCGCUCAUGAGGGAGUUUCUGGAUAGACAGCCUGAGGGGGGUAUUCAUCACGUCGCGUUUGAUUGUAAUCAUGUACCUCAAGAGAAACGGAGGGAGGAGUUUGCGAGGAGAGGGUACGGGGUUGUGCAGGAUGGGGUUUGGCAUGGGAAGAAAGGCACUUUCUCUAAAUCCGAGAUCCGUCUUGUCAGUUUCAGAAUCACCGACCAUCUCGAAGCAAGCAUCAGAAACGUGCAACUUAAUCCAGAAGACCCUAUAAAAUACACAGCAUUGUCAUACUGUUGGGGAAACGCGACAGAUCGCGUCGAAGUGCCGUGCGAUGGCAAAAUCCUCAGCAUAACAUCAUCUCUUCACGAGGCGAUAGUUGCGAUAGACAAGUUCAUCCCGGGCCAGAAUCUCUGGAUUGACCAAAUUUGUAUUAAUCAGGAUGAUCUUAAGGAGAAGUCUGAGCAGGUUACCAAGAUGAAUCUCAUUUACGAUAAAGCAGAAACCGUCCUCGCAUGGCUAGGUCCCUCCGACACCACCACCCAACUCGGCAUAAACUUUGUCAAGAAAGUAGGUGAAGUAGCCCUCCCAACAGCGACAGACUGGUUCCGCUGGGACAACUACGACCAAACUCACGAAGAAACAAAACUCGAGCGCAAAGAAGAAUUGACUCUGGAUCAAUCCCGCGAAUUGGGCAUUCCCUUCGACGACCAAGCUUCAUGGUCUGCAUUCACAAACUUCUUCAACCGACCCUGGUUUCAGCGAAUGUGGACAGUCCAAGAAAUCAUUCAAGCCCGAAAAGCUCUCGUUCUCUGUGGCGAGUUCAGUCUUGACUGGGAAUAUAUCUCUGCCGCGGCUAGAUGGUAUUGUUUCAAAGCAAAGGGUCUGCAUAAGGAGCAUCCUAGGGACGUUAAUGGUGCGUGUCUUGUUACGCAGAUGAGCACUAUUCCAUGGCGCGCAAGAUUGGGAAGUGAAUAUCUUCCUGACCUGUUGGGGCAAAAGACACGUCCGACGUGUAAAUGGGCCAUGCGCGAUCUUUUGGAAGCGUUACGACCGCGUCUUGCUACUGAUCCUAGAGAUAAAGUCUUUGCGUUAUUAGGGAUCAGCGAGAUUGGGAUGGAUGAUACGAAAAUGAGCGUUGAUUACUCCAAAUCUGUCAAAGAUGUCUUCACAGAAGCGACUGACGCGAUCAUCAAGAAUGAUACGUCGGAUUUGAGCGUUAUUUGGUCUGCGAGACAGAGGAAUGACGAUGAUGAGUGGCCGAGUUGGGUUCCUGAUUGGAGACUUGAGACUGGCACGGGCUGUGCUUAUGGGAUUGGUGAGCCGUUGAAGGGAGCGCAGCCGGGGAGACAUGUUUAUAUCCCUACGGAGCCCGGGUGUUUGGCUGUGAGAGGGAAGAUCAUCGGACGAGUCAACUAUGUGAACGAAUAUCGACACUUUGGCGAACUCUUUACCAAGAACCAUCUCCGCGAAGUCUACUCCGCUUGCAUGGAGCGUCUAACCACCUACCCAACCGACGAAUCCGUCGAAACCGCCUUUGGCCUAACUCUAAUCGGCGGCCUCCCCUUCCCCUCAGGUCUCGAAAAGAAAAACACGAGCGUCGAAACGUAUUCAGCAACAUACAUGCAAUUCUACGACACCACCCAAAUGCCCCAAACACCACCCGAAGCAAACGCAGUGCGCGAAAAGGCGCUUGAAGAAACGUACAAAGUCGGACUGGACAUGUCAUGGUUACAAGCUGUUCUAGCGACGUAUUGUGAACGGAGGGAUGCUUAUUGCCAUGGUGUUAUGAAUGGGGAAGCGAUGACUGGGAUUAUUGAUGGGAGUGAAGAAGGGGAGGUAUUCACGUUGAAGUAG